AUAAACUUUACGUCCACGUGGGCAAUCGCAGCGGAAUUGCAUGACAAAAAUGAAGAUUUUUGUCAAAGUGGAGUGAGUUCUAAGGUGCUUUUCAGCAACAAACAUAAAUCGACGAGAGUCUUAUCAGAAUUUUUUUAUUAUAGGAAUAUGACACGUUCACAUGUAAAGUAUCAAAUUGCUAGAAAUGAUAUAGAUACACCUGAAUACGUGUCACAAAAUAUUCCAGAUUUUCAUAAUGUGACAAAUCCAGAAUCUACAUUUUGGAGAAGAGCAUUUCAUAUAUUUUUAUUGAUCUCUGCUUAUUUUAUUUUGUCGAUAGGCCUUACAUUUUAUAAUCCAUGGCUUUAUAAUACAUAUGGUUUUAAUUUUCCACUUGGAGUGGUCGUUUGCCAUUUGAUUAUAAAAUUUGCACUAUCUGCAUUAAUAAGAUGUAUUAGAAAAUGUUACAAUGGUAAACGGAUAAAUCUUCCAUGGCAAAAUAUAAUUUAUUCGAUAAUGGUGCCUGGUAUAGCUAGUGGCGUUGAUAUUGGUUUAUCAAAUUGGGCACUUUCACUAAUUUCAAUAUCUUUAGUCACUAUGACUAAAUCAACUACCAUUAUAUUUAUUCUUGGAUUUUCUCUGUUAUUUAAAUUAGAGAAAAAGUCAUGGUCUCUAGUAGGGAUAGUGGUGAUGAUAGCAGGGGGAUUAGCAAUGUUUACUUAUAAAUCUACCCAAUUUGGCAUUCUUGGAUUUAUAUUAUGCCUCUUAGCAUCACUUGCAAGUGGUAUUCGGUGGACUAUGACACAACUUAUUAUGCAAAAAUCCAAACUCGGUCUCCAUGAUCCGAUAGACAUGAUGUAUUAUAUGCAACCUUGGAUGCUAUUACCAGCGAUAUCAGUAACUUUGUGGUUUGAAGGUGGUAUUAUAUAUGAUGGUAUUAGAAUCAAUGAUUGGAAUAAUAUUAGUAACAUCUUAUUAACCACAAGUGCUAUAAUAGCAGGUGCCAUUUUAGCAUUUAGUAUGGAAGUAAUGGAGUUCUUAGUUAUUACUUAUACUUCUAGUCUGACAUUAUCGAUCUCAGGAAUAUUUAAGGUAAAAGGAAUAUGUACAUUAGCAUUGGCCUUUGUGUUAAAAGGUGACCAAAUGACUGGCCUUAACUUCAUAGGAUUAUUAAUGUGUCUUGGUGGUAUAAUACUUCAUGUUGUUCAAAAGGUAUUAUUUAACAAAAAGAAAGUAGAUGAUAAUCUGGAAUUGCAAUCAAAAGUGACAAGCAACAAUGUUAAACAUGAAGAGAACACUGAUUUAAAUAUACCACUAUUAACGGAAAAAUCAACAUCUUUAAUGAAUCUUCUUAAUGCUGAAUUUAGUUCAGAUGAAGAUGAUGAUUUUAAAGAGGGUGAUAACUCAACCCAAAUACUAUCAGAUAUUUUACAACGCAGAGAACAGUGACACAUUGUGAAUCUUUAACGUUGAUAUGAUUUGUAUGUCGCUUUUCACUAAGAAGAACAUUCCAAAUAAUAUAUCUAUGGUUUAUAGUA